AUGGAGGAAUUCGACUCUGAAGAUUUCUCCACCUCGGAGGAGGACGAGGACUACGUGUCAUCGGGUGGAGAGUAUAGUGAAGAUGAUGUAAAUGAAUUAGUGAAGGAAGAUGAAGUGGAUGGUGAAGAGAAGACACAGAAAACCAAAGGGAGAAAAAGAAAGGCUCAGAGCAUUCUGGCCAGGAAGAGAAAACAAGGUGGCCUCUCAUUAGAAAAGGACGAGAAGGAUGCCAGUGAGGAAUCUGGAGGAAGAAGUAGUGAGGAGGAAGAUGUAGCUGCAGAGCAAGAAAAAGGCAUUGAGUCAGAGGAUACGAGGAAAAAGAAGGAAGAUGAACUAUGGGCCAGCUUCCUCAAUGACGUAGGACUAAAAUCAAAAGUGCCUCCGUGUACACAAGUUAAAAGAGGAGAGGAGGCUGAAGAGACAAGUUCAAGUAAAUUGUUGGUCAAAGCAGAAGAGCUAGAGAAACCUAAAGAAACAGAAAAAGUUAAAAUCACCAAGGUGUUUGAUUUUGCUGGUGAAGUCAGGGUGACUAAGGAAGUGGAUGCUACAUCUAAAGAAGCCAAAUCCUUCUUCAAGCAAAAUGCGAAAGAAAAACCCCAGGCUAAUAAUGUCCCUUCAGCUCUACCGUCACUUCCUGCCGGGUCAGGGUUAAAAAGGUCAAGGGAUAUGAGCAGCCUUUUGGGGAAAAUAGGAGCCAAGAAGCAGAAGAUGAGCACCCUAGAGAAGGCCGAGCUGGACUGGGAGAGCUUCAAGGAGGAAGAGGGCAUUGGAGAAGAACUAGCCAUCCACAAUCGAGGGAAGGAGGGGUUCACUGAACGGAAAGCUUUUCUAGACCGAGUGGAUCACAGGCAGUUUGAAAUCGAGUGAGAUCUCAGGCUGAGCAAAAUGAAACCCUGA